AUGUCCGAGGGUAUCCAUAGAGAAUCGUUAGCCCAGAUUGCGGCCGUCUUGGGCGGAAGCGGGGUCGGCCUGGGUGCCAUGGGAGCACACCAGUUGGCCGGUGUGCUCGCUCAAAAGGGCCUUCAAGACAACUGGCGCACCGCCGUGCUGUACCAGCUCUUCCACGCCUCCGCCAUUGUGGGUCUUUCAGCGCUCUGUGCCUCGCACGAAACAGCCCCCGAGCCACGCAAAUCGGCGCUUCUCUCCAAAUACCGGACUGCUGGACAACUGUGGGGCGUGGGCACGGUACUCUUUUCCGGAAGCGUCUACUGUUUGUGUUUGGGAAUCGGUCCUCGGAAAAUACUGGGACCGACUACGCCGAUCGGGGGUCUGCUCAUGAUCGGUGGGUGGGCUAUGCUUGGACUGGCACCGUACCUUGCCUGA